UGUAUCUAGAAAUGCAGAAAGGCUGCAGACAUGCUGGUGUUUCUGCUAUUCACCACCCUCACAGCCACAGUGCUGGCUGAGUUGGAGCUUCAGUCCGACUACAAGGAGAGCGGCCCUGCAGGGAGAGUUGUGGGAGGUGAUGCAGUGCCUUCUCACUCCUCCUGGCCUUGGCAGGUCUCUCUCCAGUACUACUCUGAUGGCUCCUAUCACCAUUUCUGUGGAGGAACGCUGAUCAGGAGAGCAUGGGUCAUGACUGCUGCUCACUGUAUGUACAGUUCCAGGUCUAUGCGUGUGGUCCUGGGCGAUCUCUACCUGCACAGCAACAGUCACACGGAGCAAUAUAGGAGCGUCAGCAAUGUUUAUAUUCAUCCUGACUGGAACAAUAACAGCAUCUCCUCUGGUAAUGACAUCGCCCUGCUUCGGCUGUCUUCUGAGGCCACGAUGACCUCAUACGUGGGGCUGCCCUAUAUACCUUCUUAUGGUGAGAUCCUGCCUCACAACCACCCCUGCUACAUCACUGGAUAUGGACGCACUUCCACUGGUGGAAGUAUGACGACCACAAUGAGGCAGGCUUACCUUCCUGUUGUUGAUCACGAAACCUGCACCAGUGCCGGCUGGUGGGGCAGCACCAUCAAAACCACCAUGAUCUGUGCUGGUGGAGGAGCUCAGUCAGCAUGCAACGGUGACUUUGGUGGCCCUCUUAGCUGCAAAGUUAACAACAAGUGGUAUGUCCAUGGGGUAGCCAGCUUUGUGUCUGGUAUGGGAUGCAACGCGCCCCAGAAACCCACUGUCUUUACCCGGGUCUCCGCCUUCAUCAUAUGGAUGAACUCGGUCAUGGACAGUCCUAGAAAUUGAUCUCUUUUUUUAUGCAGCAGAGACUACUCCACCUAAUUGAAGUUGUUCUCCACCUGCAACCAGAUUACCAGGUCAAAAUAAACGUAUGCAAAACCAA